AUGUCUCUACUUCAACUGCCGAAUGAAAUAAUCCUAUAUAUUGCUCACCAUAUAGGUUCCCCUUAUAGCCUGACGCUGGUAAAUCGACAAUUCUACCACCUCCUUCAUCACACGCUGUAUCGAUACAAUAUCAAGUAUCGUGGAAGUACGGCACUUCCAUGGGCGGCGAAAAAGGGUGACUUGGUCGUGAUGAAGAGGCUUCUUGCCGAGGGAGCGCCAAUAAGUAAACUUGCAUUUAGCGUCAAUGCAAAUAACCUGUUGAACAUUUACCAUAGUUUCCACUCCCAAGCCUCACCAGCGAGCAAGGGCCCCGCUACCGAAGAUAGUCCGCUUGGCCUCGCCGUGAGAGAAAAUAAUGAGGAAAUGGUCGAGUUCCUGUUAACCGAACUUGCCAAAAACAGCGAGACCUCUGCAAUGCUGUCCAUCCAGGUAAAUGAGACCCUUGCAGCAGCAGCUACCCAUGGACAAAAUGGAAUCCUAUUACGCAUGCUCAGCCGAGGUGCGGAUAUAGAUUUCAAAAGAACGCGCGGUAUUAAGACCUGGACCCCGCCUCUUUCCCUAGCUGCAUCGAAUGGGAAUUUGGAGACGGUCAAAUUAUUGCUUGAACAUGGUGCGGAUGUUAAAGCCGGAACUCGUGCCCAAUCAGCCCUGGAAGGUGCAAUAAGAAAACAUCAGACUGAAAUAGCAAGACUGCUUCUUGAGAGUGGCGCUGACCCAAAUUCUAUUUAUCUGGAUGGGCUGGUCCCUGCCGCAGAGCGGGGCGAUGCAGAGAUGGUCGAGCUUUUACUUAACAUGGGCCCUCAAUUUCGGAGAUCCUUCUACUGCCAAAGGGCGCUCUUCAAAGCGAUCGAGGAGGGCCACGAAAAAGUCACGAGACUCCUGAUUGAGCAAGGAGGGGCAGAUCCCAAGCUUUCGGAACCCACCAGCCGCCGCAGCACGAUGAGAAUGGCAGUGCGCCAGAUGCAGCCCAAUUUAGGCAUAGUACGACUACUGAUCGAGCAAGGCGUUUUGCCAGAUUCCCAAGAUCUUCGGCUGGUCAAGUUUAAUGGAAACGAAGGAUUGAUUGGAUUGCUUGAAGAGUAUUGUGAAUUUCCGUGA